GGUGCGUGUGGAGUUCAUGGAGACAGAAGAUGUUUGCAGCUCUGCCAGUAAGAAAGGCAAAUACAGAACGAUAGUAAACAUUGACAAAGACUCCAGCAUAUCUGUUUCAUAUGUGAUUAUUCCCAUGACUCUGGGAAAUCACAUGAUUGAGGUGAAAGCUUCAGCAUAUGAUUCUGUGCACACUGAUGGAGUGAGAAAGAUGCUGAAUGUGGUGUCUGAGGGUGUGCUGACUACAUUACAUAGAGAAAAUGUGGAGCUCAAUCCUGCUAAGAAUGGGGAAAAAACUUUAGUUUUUAAAUCUGAAAUACCAGCUGAUCGGCUUCCAGAAACACCUGCUAACAUGUACAUCUCAAUUACUGCUCGAGAGAUCACUCAGACAGUUGAGCAGGUCAUCAGUGGAGACCCCUUAGACUGUCUUAUUAUCCCACCCAGUGAUAGUGGAUGGCCGAACAUGUUCUGUAUGAUUCAACUUAUCGUUGCCAUUCAUUAUCUGGACUGCACCAAUCAGUGGGAGGCUGUUGGCAUGGAGCGCCGUAAUGAAGCCAUUAACUAUAUCAGCAAAGGUUAUCAACAGCAACUGGCCUUCCGUAAAUCAGAUGGAUCCUACUUUAUUCCUGUGUUCCUAUUUGGGACAGACCCGUCGGGCAGCACAUACUGGACAGUUUUUGCGGCCAAAGUCUUCACCAUGGCCUAUGACAUUGUUCCUAUAGAUGAUAAUGUGAUCUGCAGUGCCCUGAAGUGGCUGAUUCUCCACGGACAAAAGCAAGACGGCUCCUUUAAUGAGGGUGACGCAGAGACGGAAGAUGGGUUUACAGCCGUUUGCGUGAUCACAAUGCAAGAGGGCAAAAAGAUCUGUGCUGAAUCAUUUGGUAUUGAAGUAAGUGUCAGGAAGGCUGUUUCUUUCUUGGAAGGACGACUUCCAAAACAGACCGAUACUCUCACUGUUGCAUUCACGUCCUACGCCAUGGCCAGUGCCAACAAACUCAAUAAAGACAUCCUGAUGAAGCAUUCCACCCAUGGAGAAGACGGUCGGUCCUGGACUGCCACUGGACAGAGUUAUAGCUCCGUGCAUGUGACUGCAUUUGCUAUGCUGGCGCUUGUGAAGGCCAAAGACUUUGAUAAAGCAAGAGAGGCAGUGCACUGGCUGAAAAAACAACAGGAUCCCAAAGGAGGAUAUGGCGACCCAUUAGGGACCAUCUUUGUGCUUUGGGCCAUGAGAGAGUAUCACAUGCUGAUGAAGGACCAACAAAACUUAAGUCUGGAUGUGGAGCUCUCCAUAGCAGGAAGAAGCAAACCUGUCAAAUAUACUUUCAAAAAUGAUAAUAGGCCUCUUACAUGGUCAAGCAAGGUGGACAUAAACAAGGACUUCAAUGUAACUGCUAGAGGAACUGGAACAGCCACUCUCUCAGUUCUGACGCUGUACUACACCAGACUUACUGAGAAGAAAUCAGACUGUACCUUCUUUGAUCUGACUGUUAAAAUGGAAAAAGACCCUGAAACAAAACAAGGAGCCAUUGAAACAUACAAACUCACUAUGGAUUUUCACUACAAAAGUGAUAAAACUGAUGCCACCAUGACUAUUCUGGACAUCGGCUUACUGACUGGAUUUAAUGUUGACGCAACUGAUCUUAAAGAGUUGUCCACAGGGAAGGAGAGAUACAUUCAGAAAUUUGAGAUGAAUAAAGUGCUGUCAGAGCGAGGAUCCCUCAUCCUAUACUUAGACAAGGUUUUGCGUGAAUAUCCACAAAGAAUUUCCUUCAGAGUGCACAAGAUGCUUAAUGUUGGUCUGCUACAACCUGCUGCGGUCACAAUAUAUGAGUAUUACUCACCGGAUAGACGCUGUACAAAGUUCUACCACCGUGAAAGGACAGAUGGUGCUUUAUACAAACUGUGUAAAGGAGAUUUGUGCUACUGUGCAGAAGAAAACUGCAGUUUCCAGAAGAAGAAUCAGGUCAGUGAUGUGGAACAUUUGAAUAAAGCCUGUGAAGCUGGCAUGGAUUACGUUUAUAAAGUCACAGUGGUGGGGAUGGAUCUGCAACAGACAGUUGACACUUACGACAUGAAGGUGGAACAGGUGCUGAGAGAAGGCACUGAUGAGGAAGUUGAAGGGAAAGUGAGACAAUUUUUGGCUCGUCCCAGAUGCAGAGAACAUUUGGGAUUGAUAAAAGGCAAGUCGUACCUCAUCAUGGGCAAAUCUGUUGACCUUCCCAACCAUGGCGGAAG